AUGGGAAACGCGGUGCUAUUUCUUUGCUGCUUCACAACCGUAUUUGCAGGAGCAUACGUGCAGGCAGCGAUCGACAUGGAAAUAGAAAACAGAGCCGUCGAUCGUACGAUAGAUUUGACUUCGCAAUUGGUGAAAAUUUCCUACAAAAUAACACUGGAGCACAAAUCGAAAAAGCCCAUCGGUACCUACCUCUUCCUAGUGCCCGAGAGUGAUCGCGAAAGAUUGUCCUUUAUUUCGGCGAAAGAUUCUGCGAAAAAGGAGCUGAAGCUCACGGAAACCACCACUCCGAAGGGUGUGACGUUCAGCAUGACCCUGCCGGCCGGUGCAUCGAACCCGGUGGUGUAUAUUGAAACCGUGUUCACGAAAUCUCUCAAGCCGUUCCCGUCGUCCAUCGGCCAAAGCGAGCGGCAGCUUGUGCAGUACUUUGGAAACGUUUACUUUUACUCACCGUACCCAACAGUGACACAGAAAACGACGGUACAUCUGAGCUCUCGCAAUGUGGAAAGUUAUACCCAGUUCAAGCCCAGCGCCCAAUCGGACAGCACGAUUACGUACGGUCCGUACGAUAACGUGGCAGCGUUCUCUCACGAGCCUAUGACGAUUCACUUUGAAAACUUCACUCCAUUCCUCACCGUGACUCGUCUGGAGCGUACGAUAGAAGUGUCGCACUGGGGUAAUAUAGCCGUGGAAGAGACGAUCGACAUCGUGCACUCGGGUGCCACUCUAAAGGGUGCAUUUUCACGCUACGACUACCAGAAGGAUGCCCGUUCGAACCAACCCAGCGUGAAAUCAUACAAAACACUUCUGCCAGCUUCGGCUACCGGUGUUUACUAUCGUGACACAAACGGCAACAUUUCCACCUCGGCUCUGCGCACACUGAAGGAUGCUGUCGAGCUGGACCUUCGCCCACGGUUCCCUCUGUUCGGUGGUUGGCGCACACACUACACACUCGGGUACAACGUACCGAGCUUCGAGUAUCUAUUCCAGAAUGGAGACAAUUUCCUGCUGAAGAUGCGUGUCGUUGAUCACAUCUUUGAUGAUAUGGUGAUUGAUGAAGUCGUGACGAAGAUCAUUCUUCCCGAGGGGGCUAACAACAUCAAGCUGAUAGCGCCAUACUCCAUUCAGCGACAUGCGGAUUCGUUGCACUACACGUACCUGGACACCUUCGGACGUCCGGUGAUUUCCUUCAGCAAGCGCAACCUAGUUGAAAAUCACAUUAACGAUUUCAACCUAAAAUAUAACUUUUCACGUGUCAUGAUGCUGCAGGAACCGUUGCUGGUAGUGGGCUUCCUGUACGUGCUGUUCGUUUUCGUCAUCGUCUGGAUGCGGUUGGACUUUUCCAUUAUCAAGGAGAAGGAGCCACAUCAGCACAAGGAUUAA